AUGCGUUUCAUCUACUGGGCCGCGGCCACCCUUCCAGGGGCCCUUGCCGCUCCCCUUAACCCCCAGAACCUCCAGAAUGCAGUUAACCCGAAUCAACUGAAGAACCCUCUGACUAUUGGUACUGGAACAGACCCAAUCAGCGAGUUCCUACGGAAGUUGAACAGUGGCGAGCCGUUCACGUCUUCCCCUCCUAAGCCAGCAGGCGGCGCUCCAACCGUCCAAAAGAGGGAGCCCAUCAACCCUCUUGAGGUCGUCGAUGGCCUCGCUCGGAAGGUCACCGGCUCUUCCACAGGCAUAGCACGUCGUGGGUCAUCCGGGGAUGAAAAGGCAGCAAAGAAGAAGUUCGGGCAGAGACGCGGCCUUUUCCCUUUUGGUGGUGACGUGCGAGGCGUCCAUGCAGGAAACGCUGGCCUCGAUGCUAACAAUCUCGGCCGUGAGAAGCGAAAUGAUGAUGAGUUCCCAUUCAACAACCAGCAAAAUGGGCAGCACUCCGUCAUCCUUAACCCACUCCUCAAUACCCAUGGAAAUGACAUUAACCGUGGAUUCGGUCGUCGCGACUCUGCCGAUGAAGUUGCAUCAAAGCAAGUCAAGCGAAAUGACGAUGAGUUCCCAUUCAACAACCAGCAGAAUGGCCAGAACUCCGUCACACUUAACCCACUUCUCAAUACCCAUGGAAACGACCUUAACCGUGGAUUCGGUCGUCGUGACUCAGCAGACUCAAAGCAAGUCAAGCGAAAUGACGACGAGGGCCCAUUCAACAGCCAACAAAAUGGUCAGCACGCCGUCAUAACCAAUCCAAUGAUGACCACUGAGGGGAAUAUCAACAACCACGGAUUCAAUCGCCGUGACUCCGGAGAUAAAAUUGAGCCCAAGGAGGAAAAUGAGCCCAAUGAGGUCAAGCGAAACAACGACGAGUUCCCCUUCAACAAUGUGCAAAACGGACAGAGCAGUACCGUAAUCGAGCCACUGCUCAACACCCACGGCAACCUUAAUAACAAGGGAUUCGGUCGUCGUGAGGAACAGAAAGAUGCAACCGAGAAGGCCAAGCGAAACGGGGAUGAGGGCCCGUUCAACAACCAGCAAAACCACCAAACCAGCACUGUAACCGAACCCUUGCUCCAAACCGGUGGGAAUAUUCACAACGAAGGAUUCGGCCGUCGUGAUUCAGCGGAUAACUAG